AUGCCAUCCUCCGUCCAAGAAGGCAGAGUGACCAAGCCGAAACCGAAGCGGUCGUCACAGCGCAAUUCACGAUCACUUCCACUGGUGGAGCGCACCAAUGAACUGCCACUCGACCAGCUCCUGUCAUUAUAUGUACCGCCCGAGGAGCUCACAUUCAAGAUCACUACGCCUACGGCCAAUGAAGCUGCCCAGGAAAAGCAAGAUCACACUAGUGAAGGUUUAGACUAUAUACUGGAUAUUUACACCGCCGACUCAAUACCAACUGCCGACUUCGAGGCAUGCUUCAAGCUCAUCGAACUCACGUCAUCAAACGCCUACACGGGUUCCAGUUUCGGUUGGUCUCCGUCGAAAAAGGUCAAGGAGAUGCGACUCCCUGAUAUGAGGUACAUGAUCCUGCGGCGGGGCCCUCGGGCCACCGACAAAGAUGGUAGCGCACAGCCUCUAGGGUUUCUCUCCUUCAUGGUGACGUACGAAGACGGGAAAGAAGUCCUUUACUGCUAUGAGAUUCACCUGUCUCCUGAUGCCCAAGGACAAGGACUGGGUGAGCAGCUGAUGCGAAGAUUCGCAAAUAUCGGAAAACGAAUUGGCCUGGAAAAAGCCAUGUUAACGGUUUUCAAAUCAAACAAGCAAGCGGUGCGCUUUUACGAGAAGCUUGGCUAUGUCGAAGAUGAGUUUUCCCCUAGGCCACGGAGGCUGCGCAACGGGACGGUUAAGGAACCAGACUAUCGGAUCAUGUCCAAGUCAUUGAGAGCCGACGGACAAUAG